CGGCAUCAUAAUUCAAGCCAGCUAGAGAUCAGUCGAGUUGCAGCAAAUCAAUCAAUCAAUGGCGCUGACGGCUGGUGGUGGGGAGAGCAGGGGAGCAGAGCAAGAUGGGGGAGGAGGAGGAGUCGAGCUGUCGCGCAGCAGCGGCAAUGGCGGCAAUGGCGAGGAGAGGAGGAUGAGGCGGGAGCACAUGUUCGACAAGGUGGUGACGCCGAGCGACGUGGGGAAGCUGAACCGGCUGGUGGUGCCCAAGCACUUCGCGGAGCGGCACAUCCUCCCGCGGCUGCUCGGCGGCGCGGCCAGGGCGGCCUGCCCCGGCGCCGUGCUGCGGUUCGAGGACGGCCGCGGCGGCGGCAGGGCGUGGGCGUUCCGCUUCUCCUACUGGAGCAGCAGCCAGAGCUAUGUCAUGACCAAAGGGUGGAGUGCCUUCGUCCGUGACCGCCGACUCGCCGCCGGCGACACCGUCUCCUUCUGCCGCACCGGCGCACGCCUCUUCAUCGACUGCCGGCGGCGUGGCACCGGAAUAGGUGCAUCGGCGCCGCCAACACGCCUCCUCGCGCCAGCAGUGAUGCCGCAAGUUGUCACGCUUAUGCCGCAGCGGUCGACGUCCUCGGGCGAGACGGCGCCGCACGUCCGGUGCUUCCGGCUGUUCGGCGUGGACCUCGAGCUCAUCGGCGCCGAGCCGCUGUCGCUGGAUUUGCAGCUAGCUUUGAUGAGAAGAUGACCUCCGCUUGUGCUCAACUUGCCUGAUGCUUCCAGAUUUAGUAAAUUGACCUCCAGUUUGAUAGCAGAUUAGUAGAUAAUCAACGCAAGAAGGGAUCUUGUCAUCACAAAAUAAGAAGAUAUCAAGUUCGCACGGUUGAAUUUCAAUUAU